CUGUCCGGUCUGCGGAUGGAGCUGGCGCCCGCUGCGGGGCUCCGGGCCUUGGGGGCUCCGGGGUCUGGGCCUCCGCCUGGCUGUGCGCCCGUGUGCGCCGGCCUCUUGUGUGACCGCGGCUGGGGAGGGCGUGCGGGCCGCGGGGCGUCUCUCCCCGGCACUGGGGACUGCGGCGCGGAGGCGGGGAGGGCGGUGCCGAGUCGGCCCUGGUGGGCGGGCUGUGCUGUUUCCAGGUGGCAGCAGGUCGGCGCCCCCAGCGGCUGAGCGGAUUGUGCUUUCCCUCACUUUACACACCAGGGAAGGCCCAGCGCUGCCGAGCAGCCUGCUCAGGGUCUCCCGCUCUUAGAGGGGCAGACUCCACGCGGGACCCCUGACGUCGGCCCGGGAUGGGCACAGCUUUGGGGUCGCGGUGUUUGGGGUUGUGCCGGGUGGCUCUAGAGGGCCCUCGUGGGGGCACUGCACUGGGGAUCCUCAUGGUCUUCGGCCUGGCACCCGCCCAGGGGCUGAGAGAGUGGCGAGUGAGCCGUGGCCUGGAGCUGGAGACCCCUGCCCUAGAGGGACGCCCGGUUCUGCCCAUGUGCUCCGCUGUCUCUUGGGGGUCUGAGUAGUGGGGGGUUCCCCGGGUAGAAGAGUCAAGCUGGGGAGCACGCUGGAGGGGAGGCCUUCUCUAUCCUGGCACCCAGCCAGUGAGCUGGCCUCCCAAGGAGGGUUGACUGUGUGUGUGUGUCUGGGAGGCUGUGUCAGCCGGGAGGCUGUGCCUCUGUCCUCUAGGGGAGCUGGGAAAACACUGGGGCUGGAAGCAUCAGAUGCAUAAGAUAGAGUUAGGUUUAAAAUGAUUGCCUGGUAACUGUGAACAGCACAUGGGAGGGUGACCAAGACUGGAGGAGGCAGCCCCCCUUAGGAGCCUGUGUCAGCUGUGCAGGUGGCGGAGGUUGGCCUGGUCUAGGGAGUAACAAAGCAGACGGUAAAGCAGCACGGGGGUCCUCCUGGCAGACUGUGGAGAUUGGUUGCGCUAGCCACAGGGACUAUUUAAGUAAAAUUAAAACUGAAUGGCGUUAGUCCCAUUUCCAGUGCUCAGUAGCUCCCUAUGGCCACCACUGUCUUGAGCAGCUCAGAGAGAAAACAUUUCUUUUCUUUUUCUUUUUUUUGUUUUUUUGAAAUGGAGUCUCACCCUGUUGCCCAAGUUGGAGGGUAUGAUCUCAGCACACUGCAACCUCCGCCUCACAGGUAUCGAGAACCUUCCCUGCGAACUUCAGAGGAACUUCCAGCUGAUGCGAGAGCUGGACCAAAGGACAGAAGAUAAGAAAGCAGAGAUUGACAUCCUGGCUGCAGAGUACAUCUCCACGGUGAAGACGCUGUCUCCAGACCAGCGCGUGGAGCGCCUGCAGAAGAUCCAGAAUGCCUACAGCAAGUGCAAGGAAUACAGUGACGACAAAGUGCAGCUGGCCAUGCAGACCUACGAGAUGGUGGAUAAACACAUUCGAAGGCUUGAUGCAGACCUGGCGCGCUUUGAGGCAGAUCUGAAGGACAAGAUGGAGGGCAGUGAUUUUGAAAGCUCCGGAGGGCGAGGGUUAAAAAAAGGCCGGGGUCAGAAAGAAAAAAGAGGGUCCCGGGGCCGAGGCAGGAGGACGUCAGAGGAAGAUACACCAAAGAAGAAGAAGCAUAAAGGAGGGUCUGAGUUCACUGACACCAUCCUGUCCGUGCACCCCUCCGACGUGCUGGACAUGCCCGUGGACCCGAACGAACCCACGUACUGCCUGUGCCACCAGGUCUCCUAUGGGGAGAUGAUCGGCUGUGACAAUCCAGACUGUCCAAUUGAGUGGUUUCACUUUGCCUGCGUGGACCUUACCACGAAACCCAAAGGAAAAUGGUUCUGUCCACGGUGUGUCCAGGAAAAGAGGAAGAAGAAGUAGGAGGAGCCGUGUGCCCAGAUCCGAGGAGCAAGUUAAUCUGUUCCUUCAUUCGUGUCGCAAUAUUUCCCUUCCUUUUAAAACUACCUUGUUCGGUUGAUACUUAGUAACUCAGUGGCCAGUUGAAAUGCUGGAUGUUUCCUAGAACAAGAACCCACCAAACCCUGUUCGCACAGAAGGGCGACCUUGCAGGGACUCGCCGCCGCGACGUCAGUGUGGCUUUUACAGGACUUCCCCCGAGCAUCAGCAGGGAGCCCCAGCGGACAUGGGCGGGUGCUCGUGAGCUCGGGCUGCCCGGCCAGGCACAGGCGGGGACAUGGUAACCUGGUCUACAGCCGCCACUCUGCAGCGCGUGGGCCACCCUCGCAUAGCUUUCCUGUGGUUUUCUAGGACUGGUACAGCCCGGGCUCCGCGUGCCCCAACCGCUGGAGCACACCUGCCACGGAGAGGCGCGCGUGGGGCCAUUGCCGUGGCGGCCGGCUGCCCUCCUCACACUCAGCUCCGUGCCGCAUCCGGCCACCGUGCACUCCUGCUUGGGGCGCCUCUGACGGGCCCAGGAGGGCUGGGGGCUCUUCCCCGGAGGAAGUGGCCUCCGCUUCACUGUGCGCUGCCUUUUUAGCUUGGACUUCAGUCCUCCCUCGGGGGAUUCACCUCUGGAGUAAACGGCUCUUCAUUAGCUUGGAGUAGCUGUGGGUCCUGUGACCAGCACCCACAAGACCCUGUGCAACAGCUGGGCUGAUGUUCCGUUUCUCUGGGAAUUGGUGAUGUUUUUACUGUGAAGAUGAAAUUAUCGUAAUAGCAUGAAGAUUGUGGGUCUGUGUGUCUGUGAAGUGAGUCCCGUCUGCCAGGAGCUGACGAACCACGAAUGCUUCUGCCUGUGCUGUGCAUUCCCCAGGCCCGCAGCUCCCGUUCAAGGGGACUCCGAUGUGAAUUUGUUGUGAAUUUAUUGUGCCACAAUAGCAGUUCUGGAAUGAAGCUAGGAAACUCGAGUGUGCUUUUUGUUUAAUUAGCGUUCACCAAGCUGAGCCGGAGCCAUCCUUUCGGUGGUAGUUGGGGAAGGCUGUGCAGAUUUGCUCUGUUGUGAUGCAUUGGUGACAGUGCCUAGCCUGCGGUUCCCGACAGCAUCACAGGCUCUCAGAAAUCCUCUCCUGUGCCUUUAGAGGAAGGAGAGGAUUCCUGAGGAAUGCAGGGAAGCCUCUUUCUGUCCUCACACCACAGAAAGACACCUGAGGGAAAACUGAGACUUGAGGUUCCCGAUUUAAGAAAAGCAUGGUUUUCUUCAUGGUGGGGGGCCAUUUGGAAUGACAGCCUCACUUCCUUCUGAUGGCUACAUCUGUAUCUUUUCCUCCUGUGUUUAAUGUUUCACUAGGGAGAGGAAAUAAAGCAGAGGGAACGUGUGAAGCUCUGUGUCUCAGACGGGGCCCUCCCGUCGAGAAGCUGGUAGUCAGUGAGAACAAGAGAACAAGAACAUCCUGAACAGUCCUGGUUGGGAUGGUGUCCACAUUCAUGUUCUGCGGUUCUUGAACACAAGGAUGCCUCUGGGCCGCCUGUCCUUUUCCAAGGGUGUGGGUGGGAGUGGAUCCUCCGGGCGCAGGUGCCAGGCAGGUGCAGGUGGCGGUUGGCCACUGCUGCUGCUCGUCCCUGCCAGUGUCUGGGCCUGAAAGGGCUCCCUCCAAGCGGUGCCUUCCUGCGGCUUAGAAGGGAAAGCGCCAGAGACGGCAGGCUACAGUGCUUCACACCCUCAGCCACGGCUGUAAAACUGGAGAUGGGUGGGUUUUGUAUGUUAAUUUUUUUUUUUUUUUUUUGAGAUGGAGUUGUGCUCUGUCACCCAGGCUGGAGUGCAGUGGCGCGAUCUCGGCUUGCUACAAGCUCCGCCUCCCGGGUUCAUGCCAUUUUCCUGCCUCAGCCUCCCGAGUAGCUGGGACUACAGGUGCCCACCACCACGCCUGGCUAAUUUUUUGUAUUUUUAGUAGAGAGGGGGUUUCACCAUGUUAGCCAGGAUGGUCUCCAUCUCCUGACCUUGUGAUUUGCCCGCCUCGGCCUCCCAACGUGCUGGGAUUACAGGCGUGAGCCACCGCGCCCGGCCACCCAGCUAAGUUUUGUAUUUUUGUUGGAGACGGGGUUUUACCAUGUUGGCCAGACUGGUCUCAAACUCCUGGGGUCAAAUGAUCCGCCUGCGUCAGCCUCCCAAAGUGCUGGGAUUACAGGUGUGAGCCACUGUGCUCAGCUGGGAGAUGAAUUUUCAUUUAAUGACUUAACUUUUUGUUAGCACAGGUUUUGUGUGUGUGUGUGUGUGUGUUUUGUUUUUUGUUUUGUGUUUUUGAGACGGAGUUUUGCUCUUGUCACCCAGGCUGGAAUGCAAUGGCACCAUCUUGGCUCACUGCAACCUCCGCUUCCUGGGUUUAAGUGAUUCUCUUGCCUUAGCCUCCCAAGUAGCUGGGAUUAUAGGCGCCCACCACCACGCCCGGCUAAUUUUUGUAUUUUUUGUAGAAAUGGGGUUUCACCAUAUGUGGCCAGGCUGGUCUUGAACUCCUGACCUGAAGUGAUCCACCCACCUCGACCUCCCAAAGUGCUGGGAUGACAGGCAUGAGCCACUGCACCCGGCCAACACAGAUGUUUAAUGAUGGUGGAGGAUACAUUGUGGAAAAUGUUUUUCUCUCUUUUACCAUUUUUGGGAAGAGGGAUAGGUAAGUGCAGGGAGUUUGUGCUGAAACAAUGCCUGGCAAUUUUUCAGAAAUGAAUUUGAUAUUGCGCUCCACCUUUGAGCUGUUCACACCCGUGGCUACCCCUGGAAAGUGCUGGGGUUGUUGAUGCUUUUGGCUGCCCGGCUUCCUGAGGUCUCGCUGCUUUCUGGGGAAAGAUGACUGGCUUCCAUGUGGGAAGCCAUGUCAUUGUCUGACACGUGAUGAUGUGGUCCUGCCUGCCACUGUGCACCAUCCCAGGUAUUGAAUUUUGACCUUUUCUUUUCAAGUUUCUGUGCUUAUGUGUUUUUAAUGUUUACUUUUGCCACUUACAAUAAUAUCACCAAAAUAAUAUGCAUAGAGUUUUGGAAGAAACACAGAAAACAUGAGCAGAAUGAGACAAUUCCUUGGGCUGUAGUUUGGACCCAACUGAAUCCUGAGUGCUCUGUGGCAGAUGCUGUCUACCCAUGGGAGAGACACACUCAGGAGUGGCAGUUUGGCCAGAAAAGAAGGUCAUGGCCCCUGGCCUGGCCCCAGCUCUGCAGGGACACAGGAGCCACACCAUUUGCACCAUCCAUGCCUUGCUCCAGAAGGCCUGGCUGCCUUCUCCCUGGGGAUGAUUCAGGGAUUUAGUCUUGGACCAGACCCCCCUCCACAGCUGCCCGGCCCCAGACCCAUCUCUUGGAUUGAGGGUGUGUGGGCUGGACCCAGUGGGUCACUCUGGCAGCUUCAUCUGAGCCGAAGGUGUGGGUCCUCUGUGGCUGUGCGAUUGACCUCUAUGGGAAGGAGCAUUCUGCCCAUUUUCCUUGUUUUCAGUGCUGCGGUAUCAGUCAGUGAUCUGAGGAAAUCCUGUAGGGGAAGGCAGGCUGCAGUGAAAACAGGAGCUGGUGAAACCGAGCCCUCUGCAUCUGCAAAUGUGCCCCAGGUGCUGCUGCUGGGGACAUGGAUGCCGAGUGGAGGCCUGUGUGGCCUCCUGAGCAGCAGCUGACCACCCAUCUCAUGCUGGGUGGGACCCCUGGGCGGAUGGACAUGAGACCACGCCGAGCGGAGGCCUACGUGGCUGCCUGAGCAGCAGCUGACCGCACGUCUCACUGUUGGCCAGGGCUUUGUGACGUGGGUGUUUUCCAGUCUGCCUGGAGCAGCGAGAAGCAGCUGUGCAGACCUGUGGCAAUGGGAGGGUUUGCUGGGAUGGAUGGGGACACCGGCCAGCUUGUCUUCUGUCCAGCAGCCCCGCCGGACUUGGCCUCCUGUCCUGUUGUUGGGAGCCCUGGCUGGGGCUGCUUUGAGCAAUGACGCUGGCCCAGAGCAGCUUCCCACAUGACACCAGAGCCGAGGGUCUGCCCUGUCCUAGGUUAGGUCUUCGUGGUUUAGAAUAAAACCGCGAGGGAUGUUAAUUAUGGGCAUUGAAGACUUAAGGUUUUCCUGAAUUUUUAGUGAGCAGUGAUUGGCCUUCAAUACUUGUGCUGAGAGGAAUUUUAAGCCAGGGGAAGUGUAAGAAAAUGUUCCCAUUCAGGAGAGAGUGUAUUGGAGUUUCUUUCUUCCUCUGUAUGUAUUUUGUGGUGUUCACCUUUAACCACAUUUCAUCCAAAACGAUGAUGCAGCUUUAACAUGAAUGUUACAUUUUUAUUUUCAAGGAAUUAUUAUCUAUGUUCCCUUUGUAAAGGAAAGAUAAUGUUGUAAAUCUUUUUAUUAGAUAAUGUAAAGAUGUAUAUCAGUAUUUUUGGAUCAUGUUAUAGAUUAUGGAUAUAUUGUUUAAUAAAUAAAGUAUUUUUUGGAACAAACAA